AUGUGGUGGUCCGGCGGAGCUCAGGGCCUCAAGUGGUGGUCCACCAGAGCAAUGACGUCAAUCGGUGGUUCGGCGGAGGUGAGGGCUUCAGACGGUGGUCCGGCGAAUGGGAGGGCCUGCGACGGUGGUCUAGCGAAGGUGAGGGCCUCAGGUGCUGGUCCAGUAAAGGUAAGGGCCUUCGAUGGUAGCCCGGUGAAGGCGAGGGCCUCAUUCGGUGGUUCGACGAAGGGGAGGGCCUCCGGCGGUGGUCUAGCGAAGGUGAGGACCUCAGGUUGUGGUCCAGCAAAGGUUAUCGCCCGGCAAAGGUUAGGGCCUCCUACGGUAGUCCGGCGAAAGGUGAGGGCCUCCUACGGUGGUCCGGCUAAGGUUAGGGCCUCCGGUGGUGAUCCGGCAAAGGUGAGGGCCUUAGGUGGUGGUACGAAGAAGGAGAGGGCCUCAGGUGGUGGUCCGAUGAAGGGGAGGGCCUCCAGUAGUGGUCUAUCAAAGGUGAGGACCUCAGGUGGUGGUCUGGCAAAGGUGAGGGCCUCCGGCAGUAGUUCGGCGAAGGUGAGGGCCUUCUGCGGUGGUCCGGCUAAAGUGAGAACCUCAGGUGGUGGUCCGUUAAAGGUGAGAGACUCUGGCAGUGAUCUAGCAAAGGUGAGGGCCUCAGGUGGUGGUCCGACGAAGGCGAGGGCAUCUGGUGGUGGUCCGGCGAUGUCCAAGGCUCCUCUUUGUGCAAGAAGGUCCAGAUAUCCCCCUUCUUCCUCCAUUCUUUCAAUUGAGACCUUCCCUUGGCCCUGUAUGGGUGGUAUCCGUCGUACAGGCCCAAGGCCCCCUUUGUACAAGAAGGUCCAGAGAUCUUCCCUUUCUCCCUCCUUUCUUCGAGAGAUCCUAUGA